AUGCAAGCUGCGAUGGAAGGUGUAGAGAUAGAAAAGGGUGUUGGCUGGGAUCGUCUGUGGUCUGCCCAAUCUGAGCGAGUGGCAGAAAUCCAGCGACGUCUACAAUCAGCUUGCCGCGACGCUGCCUUGCUAGAUGGUGUGAGCCAUCAGCACAGUCAGCAGAGUGAGCACUCAGCACAAUCCGGGCAAAAAGCUGUCGGAGCCCUCGCGCAGACAGCACAAGCCCAGACACAUGUGUUUGAGCAGGUGCGCAGCACAGAGUCAGAGCACACAGAGCACCCUGGGCUGCAAGACACGCGGGAAACCUGCAAGCCUCAAACCUGCCAAGCGAUGCCAGCCGACGAAGGUGCAGGGAGUUAUCCGCUGGAGAGCGCUCCCUGUGCUCUUGACUCUGUUGAGGUUCCGCAAGCAAUCGCCUAUCAUGAAGAAAUUACCAACGUCUCGAAUGAGGUUCUGCGCUUGAGAUUGCUGAAGAGCCAACAUGAGGAGCUCAAAGCCCAGCUCUCCCGAGCAGAAGCAAAUUUGCGGCGACUUUCUCCGCAUGCAGUGUUCCAAUUUCGUUCAUACUUAGAGAAGCAUUUUCGAGAACCAGGUUUGGCAUCCCAUUUGCAGGAGCCCAUCGUUCGCCUUCUCCAAUGCCUUUUUGCUGUUUUCAGGAUGGAGGUUUCAACAUUUACAGCAGAAGCUAUGCUCAGCGGAGUGCGCCGACUAUUUCGUGAUCCACAUAGUUUCACGUCAAAGCUGAGCAGCAUGUCGUUCUCCUCCGAAGAGGCAAAGAAACUUGCCCCGUUCCUGACGUCAGGGUCGCAAUUUCGCAGAGUCAGAGAGAAGGAGGUGAACGAAUGCCAUGAAGCUUUACAUGCUUGGCUGUCUUCAUUCUAUACAUAUUCCAGCGUCUCCGACCAGGUAACUGUGACCAUACAGCAGCUGGAAAAUCAAGAAUGGAUUUUGCGGCGCUUGAACAAUCAGGACGAGGGGCAUCAGGCUCAGCCAGGCACAGGAGUGGGAGGACACGUUCCGCAAGCACCCAGCGCAUCUCCUGUUUUGCGUCCUGCUUGCGGAGGUACCCAAGGCAGUUUGAAGACUACAAAUUCAGCGAGAGUGACAGCGUCGCCUUUGAGCCGAAGACGUGCUUUGCAGGGAAUCGGUGCAACAUCUUCCAGACAAUUGCAGUCUGGUAGGGCCCGAGCUGGCGCUAGCCGCUCACAGUCUCCAGCACAAGCCGCUCGCAAUGCGCGUUCCCGCGUUGUUCCAUCAGUGGCAUUUGGCAGUCCCGGGUUAGUCUCUGGUAGACCGUCUAACGCUGCUUCAACAAUCGCGCGGCCUGGAAGUGGUACUGGGCGACCACGAGCAGAUACUGCACCCGCACUCCAUGGCGAAGGACUUGGGCGUGUGCAUUCAGAAAAGACGCUGACGAGGAGCCCAAGAACUGCUGCGAGGCGAGACAGCCGGUCGCCAUCUCCUGGGAAUGGUAGAACAUCGCCUCUCGCCUCAUUGCAGCGCCCAAGGGUUGCAGCGCAGCCGUUCCGUGGCCGUAAAGAUGGCCCCAUUUCGCCUUCGCCUUCAGAGGGUACCAUCGGUUCCAUGCCGACUGCGCAAAGAAUGGUCAGUGCUCCAGUGGAACUUGCUUCCAGGUCUGUGGCCGUCAGAUCAACGAAGACGCCAGCGAGUUCUGCGAGAAUCAGCAGCAACCGGCACUCUGCUACAGCUCCGCCAGGACGUCCAAACCUGCACUCAGCCAGCGCAAAGACCGCGGCAAGAUACGGGUCUCCAGACAAAGGUGGAGGCGCUCCACGAGAACAAGGCACAGAAGUAACUCCCAGAACUUGUCACAGGAACCGCUCAGAUGAUGCAGCCUUUGCAGCCAAGCAUUGCAAGAACGAAGGAAGUCUUGAAGAUUCAGAGGGGGAAGAUGGAGAUGGCCACAUUCGGCGCUUGAGCGAAAAGCAGUACGAAGCACUUGUACGAUGUGCUCAGCAAGUGGUGGCCCUCAGUGGUGCCGGAGGAUUGGCUCCCAGAGGCUAA